AGGGUUCGCGUCGACGCGCGUCUUUGCUCAGAUACUUAACUUUUUUGCUCACAUAAGAUAGAAUAUGUAAAUGUAAAACAUCUAUAUUUAUCUGUAAACGAUUAUUGGAAAUAUCGUCGGAAUUAUCUAGUCGUAAAUAACCGCAAAUUCGCAUCUUUACAAUUGACCACGGUGUCCAGCUAAAGUACAGACCGGAGAACAUUCAUCUCGCAGUUUCUAACAACUGUACUCAAUAAUAAUUAUAUGAAGAGGAAUGUAUAAUAUGGGAAUACAAAUUGCACAGUCAAUAUCAGCCAUUCGUCGCGUUUGGAGUUGUUAACACUUCAGACCCGUGUGCUCGAUCAGCUAUCCUGAACCUCAUUUGCAAGCCGAAGGCUCGCGGGAUCAAUCCUUGACCUUGAUAUUUUCAUUUUGUUGAUUCCUCGUGAUGCGUGUUACGCACACCGAAACGUAACGUACUUGCAUGUAUUGAAAAGAGAAGAGAAUAGAAAGGAGUGGAGAGGAGUGAAGACAAGAGAGACAGCAAGAACUGCACCGUAAGAAGUUACGUAAAAUUGCAUCCAUCGCCGAGGUGAGAAGCGAGUCAUUUGUCACGAUGUCAAGCCCUCGUCUGCUGAACGCCGUUAUCGUUAAGUGGUCAAAAACAAGUGGGAAUGGAAACGGAGGGUGUUGGCCGGCCGGUUCAGUCGGCGCGCGUAUUCGCUCCGCGUCUGUCAUUAAUCGUCGCGCCAUGGCAAGCGGUGGUGUUUCCAAUUCUCAAGGCGAUCAAAAAGUACUAACAAUAAACAAUGUCAAUCCGAACCUCAAACGGAUGGAAUAUGCCGUUCGGGGACCUCUCCUCAUACGUGCCCUUGAAAUCGAAAAGGAACUCGAAAAGGGCGUCAAGAAGCCAUUUACCGAGGUGAUCAAAGCCAAUAUUGGAGAUGCCCACGCCAUGGGACAGAAGCCUAUUACGUUUCUUCGGCAAGUUUUGGCUCUAACCGUCACCCCUGAACUUCUAAACGACCCGAAAUACCCUGAAGAUGCUAAAAGCCGAGCUAGAGCUCUCUUGGAGGGCUGCAAAGGUUAUAGUGUUGGAUCCUACUCUGAUUCUGCUGGUAUUGAAAUCAUUCGAAAACAUUGUGCUCAGUACAUCCAGGAGCGCGAUGGAAUACCAAGCGAUUAUCAGAAUAUCAUUUUAUCUGGAGGUGCCUCUGAUGGUAUUAAGUCUAUUUUGAAGCUAUUUAUUGAAAAAAUUUAUGGAAAGCCGUCUGGAGUGAUGGUCCCAAUACCCCAAUACCCACUGUAUUCAGCUGCGCUAGCAGAGUUUGGUCUGGCACAAAUUGGAUAUUAUUUGAACGAGGGAAACAAGUGGUCAUUGGAUCCAAGCGAAUUGGAAAGGGCAAUAAACGAGGCUAAGGUUACUUGCACUCCCCGUGUCUUAGUUGUUAUCAACCCUGGAAAUCCAACAGGACAAGUAUUAGCGAGAAAAAACAUCGAGGACAUCAUUCGAUUCGCCCAUAAGCACAAUCUCUACCUAAUGGCAGAUGAAGUCUACCAAGACAAUGUCUAUGAUAAAGACAGUGCUUUCCAUUCAUUCAAAAAAGUCCUAGUUGAAAUGGGAGAGCCCUACUCGAAAAUGGAACUUGCAUCUUUCAUGUCCACAUCUAAAGGCUACAUGGGCGAGUGUGGUCUUCGAGGAGGAUAUUCCGAAAUUCUGAAUAUGGAUCCAGAAGUGAAAGCGAUCCUGCUUAAAUCAAUCUCUGCAAUGUUAUGUCCAACGAUUCUGGGACAAGUCACGAUGGAUGUGGUGGUCAAUCCACCGCGACCAAACGAACCAUCGUACAAACAGUUUCAGGAAGAAAAAGCUAACGUUCUCAAAUCUCUUGCUGAAAGGUCACGCAUGGUAGUUGAUACCAUAAAUAGUAUCAAGGGAUUCAAGGCAAAUCCGGCAAUGGGUGCGAUGUAUGUCUUUCCCCAAUUCACACUGCCUGAAAAAGCGAUCCAGGCAGCAAAAGCCGAGGGAAAAGCACCGGAUGUAUUUUAUGCAUUUAAGUUAUUGGAAGCUACCGGGAUUUGCGUUAUCGCUGGAUCUGGUUUUGGGCAGAAACCCGGAACAUAUCAUUUUCGAACGACCAUUUUACCCCAAAAGGAUAAAAUUAAGACUAUGCUUGCUAGUCUAAAAGAAUUCCACGAAAAAUUCCUUGAAGAGUAUAGCUAAAUGAAACCUGACGCUGUAAAAGCUAGACUAUUUACUAAGUGAUAAUUUAUUAUAAUAUUUUAUAUACAUUUAUAUACACAUGUAUAUAAAGUUGUAAAUACGGUCAAACAAGUGUGCUGGUCAAAGAUAAGUAAAAGCUAUUAUUGAUAAGUGAUCAUUGCGAAAAAUAAGUUGAAAUACAUCGCGUAA